AUGGUGCAGUCGGCCUCUUCGUCAGCGGCCAGCUCUGCUUCCAGUGGUAGCCGACCGAAGCUGGAUGCCGUCACGCGCAAUGCGCUUCGCUAUACCAUCAGUGCGAAGGAGUAUGAAUUACUUCACCAAUACCUCGCAUCACGCGCCCCCUCGGUACAGAAGCGUGCUCUCCCACCACGCCGAUAUGAAGCCAUAGUGGAGAGCAAGCACGACGCCAGUGUCUCUACAGUACGAGCCAGUCUGCGCGUCUUCGCCAUGACCUAUGCCGCCCUCAAAGGUUGGGACGUCAUUUCGCGCAGACUACGGCCAAGCAAGUAA